AUGCUCAAAUACGAGGGAGGUCGCUACUUCCGCCAAAAGAUCAUCUGCGCCACACUCGCCGGCAAAUCGGUCAAGCUCAGCAACGUCCGGCUCGAGGAGGAAAAUGUGGGCCUCGCCGAUCACGAGGUGCACUUCCUGCGGCUCAUGGAAACUGUGACCAACGGCUGCGUGGUGCAGAUCAACCACACCGGUACGCAGCUGCGCUACAAGCCGGGCGUCAUCAUGGGCGGCUCCCACACCUUUGACUGCGGUCUCGACCGAUCGAUUGGGUACUUCCUGGAGGGACUCGUGUGCCUGGCGCCCUUUGCCAAGAAGCCCUUCAACAUCACCCUCACCGGAAUCACCAACGACGACAAGGACAUAUCCGUGGACAUGUUUCGAACGGUGACCCUGCCCCUGCUCAAGUACUUUGGCAUCGAGGAAGACCUCGAGCUCAAGAUCAACAGGCGCGGGGCGGCGCCCAAGGGCGGCGGCGAGAUCCUGUUCAGGUGUCCCGUCGUGCGCACGCUCAAGCCCUGCUCCCUGGUGGAGCCCGGCAAGAUGGUCAAGAUCCGCGGCAUCGUGUACUCCACGCGCAUCUCCCCCUCCAUCGGCAAUCGCGUGGUGGACACGGCCAAGGAGAUCCUGGUGGGCUUCACCCCCAACGUGUACAUCUACACCGACAACUACUCCAAGAAGGAGGCCGGCCUGUCGCCCGGCUACGCCGUCACGUUGGUAGCCGAGUCGGACAGCGGGUGUGUGCUAUCGGCCGAAUACUGCGCCAAGCCGCAGCAGCUGCCGGAGGACGUCGGCAAGCAGGCUGCCCACCUCCUGCUCCAGGAGGUGCUCCAGGGGGGAUGCGUGGACUCGAGCAACCAGUUCCUGGUGGUGCUCUUCAUGGCCCUCUGCCCCGAGGACCUCUCCUCCAUCAAGGUGGGCAAGCUCUCUCCCUACACGAUCGAGAUGCUGCGGCACCUGCGGGACUUCUUCGGGAUCAAGUUCAAGGUGGACCCCGACCCCGACACCAAGACGGUGCAGCUGUCGUGCCUGGGCGUGGGCUUCAUCAACUACUCCAAGGCCGGCAUCUAA